CGUUAAACCUAUGAUCCAACCAUUGAACCUCUCGAUCAUGUCUAUAAAAGAGGCAGUGGUUGUGUCCUACACAUAUUCUGUUUAUAGUUGAUGUGUUAAUUGAUGAUGAUGACCCUACUUUACACUUCUUCUAGUUGAUUUCUUGUACACAUCAAAACCCUUCUUCUUCUCCUUCGUUUUCUUCUUCUCUUGUCACUAUAUACUCUCCAAGUUAAAAUCUAUCUAUCACACAGUAUAUAUAAGUUUCUUAAUGGAAGUUCAAAUGCGUAUUUAUUUAGUAUUAGUUCCUCUUGUUUGACAUCUUUGAUUGGGAAUUCAGAGUACCCGAGUAGUAUUUCUUGAGUGAUUAAUUUGGGUUUGAAGCUUGGGAUUUCAGAAUUUCGGUUAGCAUUGCAUGAAUUUUCUGGUCACUGAGGUUUCUUGGAUCAGGUGAUGGGAAUUGAAGGAUAAAACAUGCAUAUAUGUUAAAGAAUCGAACAAAUAGAAGAAGGGGGGAAAAUGAAGUACAUGAAAAUUGGAACAAGGCCAGACACUUUUUUUGCUGAAGAAGACACCAGGUCGGUGUUGUUUGAUUUACCGGUGGAUCUCGUUAUACAAAUUAACAACACUAAAUUUCUCCUUCAUAAGAUUCAGUUACUACCAAAAUGUGGUAUCCUGCGGCAAAUUUGUUCAGGUUCUGACGAUUCUAACGAAACUGAAGUUGAGCUCCACGAUAUUCCUGGUGGUGAAGAAGCUUUUGAGCUCUGUGCAAAAUUCUGCUACGGAAUUACUAUCAAUCUCAGUGCCCAUAAUCUUGUACCAGCGGUUUGUGCUGCAAAGUUCCUUAGGAUGACAGAGUCAAUCUGCAAAGCAAAUUUUGCAGCAAAACUUGAAGCUUUCUUCUACUCAUGCAUUCUUGAAGGCUGGAAAGACUCCAUUGUAACGUUACAAACCACUACAGAAGUACCAGACUGGUCAGAAAAUUUAGGGAUUACUCGACGGUGCAUUGAUUCAAUUGUUGAGAAAAUUCUCAUACAUACAUCGAAGGUUACAUGGUCUUUUAAGUACACUAGACCAGGUUAUGCUGAAAAACAUCACCACACGGUUCCGAGAGAUUGGUGGACAGAGGACAUAUCUGACCUAGACAUUGAUCUUUUUCGAUGCAUGAUUACAGCCAUUCAAUCAAUAAACAUACUCCCUUCAACACUUAUAGGUGAAGCAUUACAUGUAUAUGCCUAUAAAUGGCUACCUAAAAUUUCUUCAAAGAGUGGCAUUUCAGAAAGUUCAGUAUCUCAAACAGAAGAAAUGAUUCAGAAACAACGUAAAGUUCUUGAUUCAAUUGUGAGCAUGAUUCCAACAGAACUUGGGUCGGUUUCAGUUGGGUUCUUGCUGAAGUUACUUAGACUGGCAAGUUUAGUUGGGGCACAUCAGUCGACAAAAGCAGAACUUAUUAGAAAAUCAAGUAGGCAACUCGAAGACGCUACAGUUGAUGAUUUACUGAUUCCACUUCACUCAUCAUUGGAUCAGCAUUUUUACGAUAUAAACUUGGUUCGGGCGCUAUUGGAAAGUUUUUUGGCUCAAUGGCGGAGACAGGGUUCACAGGUAGAAAGUGAAUCUGUCAUUUCAAUAAGGAGAGUAGGAAAACUUAUUGAUUCUUACCUCCAAGUGGUUGCUAGGGAUGGUAACAUACCAGUUUCAAAGAUUGUCUCACUUGCCGAGUCUUUACCGGAAAUCGCCCGUUUGGAUCAUGAUGAAUUAUACAAAGCUAUCAACAUUUAUCUAAAGGAGCAUACAGAUAUAAGCAAAGAAGACAAGAAACGACUUUGUAGAAUUCUUAACUGUCAGAAAUUGUCCCCGAAAGUGUGUGCUCAUGUUGUAAAAAACGAACGUCUACCCUUAAGAACAGUAGUACAAGUCUUAUUCUUUGAUCAAGAGAGAAACUCAAAAGUAACAAGUAGGAAACCACAGCUUACUGAGACAAUACUUGAAAGUUUUGAACAACCAAAAUUGAUCCAAACUGAGUAUAACAAUAAGCCAGAAAGAGUUGCAAAUAAACAAAAUGGCCUAAGGACGUCAGAGGGAGAAGCAACUACAUCAACAACUGAGAUGAGAACUCAUCAUCAGAUUAUGAGGAGGAAACAGGACAUCGGGAUUUUGCCAGGGUCAGAAAUUACAAAGGCAAUGAGGGAGACGGCAAUUACUGAAGGAGCAUCUGGAAGUAAAUUGGAGUCUAAGAAGGAAACAGUAAGGAGAAGCAAAUCAGGAAAUCACGGCCCCAAUAAAUCGGGAACUAAAUAGUAAGACCAGAAAAGACCACUGUUUCUCUACUUAAUUCUAUUUUUCUUAAGCUGUAACUGUAAGUGAUAUACAGUAUAUACAGGAUUCGUUUUAAACAGCUGAAAUCCAGUUAAUAAAUGUUGGGGUACUGGUGCACCAACUUCUGGUGAUAAGUCGUUCAGUAAUAGCCUUAUAGCUAUUUAUAUUGAGUUCAUAACUUCCGU